AUGCCCCGUGCCCCCCGCUUCAUGCCCUUGCUGCUCCUGCUGCUCUCACUUCCCCAUACCCAGGCUGCCUUCCCCCAGGACCCCCUCCCUCUGCUGACCUCUGACCUGCAAGGGACUUCCCCAUUAUCCUGGUUCCGGGGCCUGGAGGAUGAUGCUGUGGUUGCCGAACUUGGGCUGGACUUUCAGAGAUUCCUAACCUUGAACCGGACCUUGCUAGUGGCUGCCCGGGAUCACGUUUUCUCCUUCGAUCUUCAAGCCCAGGAGGCAGGGGAGGGGCUGGUGCCCAACAAGUAUCUAACAUGGCGGAGCCAAGACAUGGAGAACUGUGUUGUGCGGGGAAAGCUGACGGACGAGUGCCACAACUAUAUUCGUGUUCUUGUUCCCUGGGACUCCCAGACACUCCUUGCCUGUGGAACGAACUCAUUCAGCCCCGUGUGCCGCAGCUAUGGGAUAACUUCGCUGCAGCAGGAGGGUGAAGAGCUGAGUGGGCAGGCUCGAUGCCCCUUUGAUGCCACCCAGUCCAACGUGGCCAUCUUUGCAGAGGGCAGCCUAUACUCAGCCACAGCUGCGGAUUUCCAGGCCAGUGAUGCUGUGGUUUACAGAAGCCUUGGGCCUCAGCCCCCACUCCGCUCGGCCAAGUACGACUCCAAGUGGCUCAGAGAGCCACACUUCGUCCAUGCCUUGGAGCACGGAGACCAUGUCUACUUCUUCUUCCGAGAGGUCUCUGUGGAGGAUGCUCGGCUGGGAAGGGUGCAGUUCUCCAGGGUGGCCCGAGUAUGUAAACGUGACAUGGGCGGCUCACCUCGGGCCUUGGACCGCCACUGGACAUCCUUCCUGAAGCUGCGGCUCAACUGCUCUGUUCCUGGAGAUUCUACCUUCUAUUUUGACGUCUUACAGGCCUUAACUGGGCCUGUGAACUUGUAUGGCCGCUCUGCUCUCUUUGGGGUCUUCACCACGCAGACCAAUAGCAUCCCUGGCUCUGCAGUCUGUGCCUUCUACCUGGAUGAUAUCGAGCAUGCAUUUGAGGGCAAGUUCAAGGAGCAGAGGAGUCUGGAUGGGGCCUGGACACCCGUAUCUGAAGACAGGGUUCCCUCCCCCAGGCCAGGAUCCUGUGCAGGUGUAGGUGUGGCUGCCUUGUUCCCCUCUUCCAGAGAUCUCCCUGACGACGUCCUGACCUUUAUCAAGGCUCACCCACUGCUGGACCCGGCCGUGCCACCUGCUACCCAUCAGCCUCUGCUCACCCUCACCAGCAGGGGCCCCAGCCUCCUGCCCCGGGAGUGUGGCCCGCCGUUGAGGCUGGACGUGCCCCCCGAGGGCAAGUGCGCGGCCCCCUCCACGCGGCCCGCCCUCUCCGCCCCCGCUCCCCGGCUAGGGGUCGGGGGCGGCCGCAGAACGCCCUUCCCCACGCAUCGUGCCCCCCCGGCCCUGCUCACUCGGGUCCCCUCGGGGGGCCCCUCCAGGUACUGUGGGGGGCCCGGGAGACAUCUUCUGUACCUGGGCCGGCCGGAGGGCUAUCGGGGCCGCGCCCUAAAGAGGGUGGACGUCGAGAAGCCGCAGCUGCCCCCGAAGCCGCCCCUCGUCGCGCCCUCCCCCCCGCCGGCCAUCCCCAACGGCAGCCAUUUUCACUUUUAA